GGCGACAGGGCGUCUGCACAGCGAUGCACGGAGAUCUGAGCAGAUGGCGGCUUGCCCCCUCCUCCUUUUUCCUCAGAUGGCUGCUAUUCUUGCCAGUGUCUUCGUCCUGUCGCCUGGGGCAACAAACACCACCAUUGGCUUUGCCUUUAGACGGAGGCGCAUGAGACUGGUACGCAUCCUCUGCGUCGGCGCGGCCGCGCUGACCCUUGCGCAGCCUCUCCUGGCCGAUCAGCAGGCCAGCACGAACCAGAGCCAGGGACAAGAACAGGGACAGGGGCUGAGCUAUCACAAGUCAAAGCUCCAGGCUCCGCUGGGCGUCGCGAAUGAGGGAGCGCUGGGUGCGAAUGCGGUCUUGUCGCAGACUGACGGUGGCCGAUCUGCUUCUCCAACACGUCUCUCCAAGGUGGUGUACAGCAACGAAGAAGAGACCGACGAAGAAGAAGGAGGGGAAGACGAGGAGGAGGAGGCGGGCGUGCUGCGCGACUCGCCUGAGGCAUCGCAGCGCUGUCUUGCCCUCGCGACGACAUUCAAGCCGCGCGACGGCCGCACGCUCCAGCUCGCCUUCAGCCAGUACUACCCACAGGGUUCCAACCCGUCGCUGGAGCUCCUCAGCAGCACCUACCCCGCGGGCACGAUCCCCGCCGACGUCGACGUGGGCGCCAUCCUGGCCAGCGUGGGGCCCGACGUGGACCUGACGCAGGAGGGCGGCUACGGCUACCAGACGAACAAACGCAUCGUCCACAAUGGGCCCAGCGGCGGCCUGCCUGCCUUUUGCCGCUUCGGUGCUUUUACCCAGUCAUCUGCCUUGACAAGGGUCCUGUCUGAGGUCUGGAUGCCGCUGGCGGAGAACCGCUCGAUGCCCGUGGCGGCCAUCAACCAGACGGACCACCCGUCUGCAACGACGGGGCUUACCUUUGACAAGGGAGGCGUAGUCAUCAAGCAGCCCCCACAGGGCGACAAGACCGACGCUGAGUCAAUGACGGGGCACAAGGAGAAGAAGCAUAAGAACAAAGCGGAGACGAACAAGUUGACCGAGGAGACGCUUCUGGGCACCAAGCAGUCAGAGACCAAGCCGUCAGCCGAGACGCUGACCGAGAACAAAACUUCAGAGAAGACAUCGACCGAGACCAAGCCUGCGGAAAAGACACUGACCGAGACAAAGCCUUCGGAAAAGACACUCACCAAGACCAAGCCGCCUGAGAGCAAACCGCCAGAAAACAAGCCGUCAGAAAGCAAGCCUUCUGAAAACAAGCCGUCAGAGACGAAGCCAGACGACGUAAAGCCAGCCGACGUGAAGCCAGCCGACGCAAACGCAGCAACGGGGAAGCAGCGGCGUGCACGCAACGGUGCAGCCAGCGGGGCCAUCGCCGGCGAAGACGUCUUUGGCGUCCGCCACGGCGGCUGGAACGGACGGCUGCUCGAGAUGGGCAACGGUGCGCAGCGCGGCUUCGUGCCCCUUGCUGAUCUCAAGCAGAUGAUGUCGCGCUACCGCUUUGCCGUCGCCGGCUCCAAUCUCGGCCACUUUGCCACGGCCGGCUCCUCGACCUGGGUCAAUGGCUCCCAGCACGACGACACGCUCCUCGACUGGUCCACCCGCGCCCACCACGUGACGCGCACACUGGCCGAGGACGUCGUCGAGGCCUUCUACGGCCAACUGGGCAUGCAGAAGUCGCAGCAAGGCAUCGGCGUGCGCAACGAGCGAACGGGCCGGCUGAGAAGCUACCAUGCGGGGUGCAGCAACGGCGGCGGACGCGCGCUGGCCGCGGUGCAGGACAUGCCGCUCGACUAUGACGGUGUCCUCGCCGGAGCACCCACGCUGCGCUUCAGCGACGUGAGUGUCUCUCUCUCUCUCGUCGAGGCAAUUGGCUGA